AUGGGUUUAACAAGUACUUCAGCCACUAGUAUUUCGACUACUACUAUAACCACUACUAUUUCAACAACUAUGUCAACUAUUACCACAACAAUAACCUCGGAUACUAUUAAUGAUAUAACAACUAUAUUAACUACUAGUAAUACUAUAACUAGUAGCAGCAAUUCAAUAAUAACUUCAGGCAUCGGUGAUACUUCAACAGCAACUUUAAAUACUGAUAGUACGGCAACCACUACUACGAGUACUGAUACUACCUCAACAACUAAUUUAACUACAACAACCACUACUACUGAAACAACCACCACCACCACCACAACAACAACAACAACUACUACUACUUCUACUGAAACAACUACUACUACUACUACUGAAACAACCACUACCACAACAACAACAACAACAACAACUACUAUUACUACUACUACUACUACUACUACUACUACUACUGAAACAACAACCACCACCACCACAACCACAACAACAACCACCACAACAACAACAACCUCAACUACAUCAACUACAACAACAACUACCACAACAACAACAACAACAACAACUACUACUACUGCUACUAAAACAACCACUAUCACAACAACAACAACAACAACAACAACAACAACAACCUCAAGUACACCAACUACCACGACAACAACAUCAACAACCUCAACUACAUCAACUACAACAUUAGUAAAUCCAUGUACAUCGGGUGGUUAUGUCUGGAAUACAACAGGCAUAACUAUAUUAAAUUCAACACAAAUAUCAGCUGCUAGUAAUCUAUUCUUCGAUUCAAGUAAUACAUUAUACAUCGUGGACGAGGGUCCGAAUUCUGUUAUAUGGAAACUGCCGAAAAAUGCUGUCAUUCCCAUUCUUGUAGCUGGACAAGUGCUUUCAACGGGCUCUAAUUCCAGUCAGUUGAGUUCUCCUCAAAGUGCUUAUCUUGAUUCACAACAAAACUUGUAUGUGAGCGAUUAUUAUAAUAACAGAGUACAGAAAUAUAUUAAUGGAUCGACGCGUGGAAUAACUAUGGCUGGCAUACUCGCAACGGCAGGUACAGCACUGAAUGUGAUUGCUGGCACUCGCUAUAUUUGUUUCGAUGCAACAGAAACGUAUAUGUAUAUUGCAGACAGUGACGAUAACAGAAUUAUGCGUUUUCGAUCGAAUUCAACAAGUGGUACUAAUGGAACCAUUGUUGCCGGAGGAAAUGGGGCUGGGAAUGGAAAUACACAGCUGUACUAUCCAUGGGGAAUGCAUUAUCUUCCAUCUGUAAGCAGUUACUUAUAUAUAACAAACUUUAAUGGGCAUACAGUAAUGAAAUGGGCACCAGGCGAUACAUCCGGCAUUUUCUUAGCUGGUACGUCCGGUGUUUCAGGAUCAAAUGCUACACUUUUAAAUAAUCCAAUUGGUAUCAAAAUUGAUACUUAUUUGAAUAUGUUUGUUGUUGACCAAUCAAAUCAUAGAGUACAAUUAUUUUGUAAUAAUAAUCGAACUGCCAGCACCAUUGCUGGUACUGGUACAGCUGGUGCCAGUGCGCAACAACUCAACAAUCCAAGAGGCAUCGCAUUUGAUUCAUUAAUGAAUAUGUAUAUUGCCGAUGCUUCAAAUCAACGGAUCCAAAAAUUUUUAAAACUCUAA